AGAGAGGAGGGCCAUGGAAAAAGCUUGUGGAUAGAAUACUUCUCUGAACCAGAGGCCAGACCCCCUCCAUUCCCACCACUCUUUUCCUACAACUUGCAAAACGAACCCAGUUCAAUCCUCCCAUCUCUUCCAUUGCUACGCAGUAAUCUCCGAGCCGUCUCUGAGAAGUGGUCGAAGUAGAACUCGAGCAUCCAUCUUAGCUUUUAUAUGCCAUCAUAAUUGAGAAACUUGGCGUGCCGUGCCUCUGCUUCACUGGCCUCCUUCGCCAUGGCUUCUCAGUCUCUCAACGUAUAUAGUCCUUUAACGAGGCAGGUAAAGGGCGAUACCGUUCCAGUCUUCUCUAAGGCUCCGGUAACCAGUGAUCGAAGGCACAAACAUGGAAGGAUCGUUCUUUCGCGUGGCAGCGUCAUCUGUUGUUCGGCUGUACAAGAGUCCUCUGCUGCCGCCGUUACUGAUAAAAAGGAAGCAGAGCCAGCGGCGAAGGCAGCGGCACCGGCAGUUAAGAAGGCUCCUGAGAAGCCCAAGAAACCCCCUGCAAAGCCUCUGCCACAGCUGAUGGAAGAAGAUUUGAUUCCUUCGCUGAAAGCUACUCUUGAGGCUCAAGAAGAUGUGUCACAGAUUGAAAUCUCCUUUCGCGACAACAGGUUGGAGGGUUCCUUUCUGAAGGAAGACGUCCCCUAUAUUUUUUGGGCUUUCUUCCCAAAUGGAGACCUAACAGGUCCUAAAGCGUUUUCUUUAUCCUCAUAUGGUUAUGAGGCCAGUACUGUUGAGCCCUUCUUGAUUGAUGAAAGGAGAGUCACAGCCCAACUUGUGGUCUUUUGGAUUCGGAAGAGAUUGGCAGCUCAAGGAAUCCUCCCCGUCUGGAAAGAAUAAAUGUACAGCCCGCAUCACAUAAGAUCAUGACAACAUUUCCAUACCUUCAUCUGUAUUGGCAAAUUUCAUAAGGCUCAUUUACUGUAACAACAUAGAUUGAUGGUUACAUGGUCAUUUGGCUAAAACAAUCUAUUCUGGCGACUCCAUCACUUGCUACAAAGAUUGUUAUACUGUAACAUACGUUCUACAUAAGUAGAAAACUCGGUUCAUCGUUUUUGAGUUC